AUGAACUACAAACCACUUUGCGAAACAUCCGCCAGACACCAGGGCCUCAACAAGCUUUACACUACCUCCUACUCAUUCCAUUCAAAUGACCAAAAGCAAGCCUUUAGAUUCUUGUCACUUGCGCUGGCUUCCCAUGGAUCGUGCCCACUCGCGCGCCUUUCCUACCUGGCUCAAUACGUGGACAACAAUGAUUUUGCGGACAGUUCUCUGCCACAAGUGUCGCCAGACGGACAUCAAGCGGUCGAAGACGGAGCAACAGUACAACCCCAGCCGGGGCCAACCAGAGCAGAGAAAUCGCGUUCGUUGCCCUUAGGCAGAAGAUAG